UUUGUGCUGGCGGACUAUGCUGUCUUUGCCACCAUGUUGCUCAUCUCUAUGGCCAUAGGUCUCUUUCAGGCCUUGAGGAAGAGGUCGACGAGUGCUGAUGAGUUCUUCACCGGGGGUCGGAGUAUGCCAGCUGUGCCAGUGGGGCUGUCACUCUGCGCCAGUUUUAUGUCAGCGGUCCAGGUUCUGGGUGUCCCUGCCGAGGCGUCCCGCUAUGGCUUCAAGUUCCUCUACAUGUGCCUCGGACAAAGCAUCAACUCCCUGCUGACGGCGUACCUCUUCCUGCCCGUUUUCUUUCGACUGGGCAUCACCAGCACCAAUCAGUAUCUGAAGAUGAGAUUUGGCAGAGGGAUGCAGCUGUUGGGAAGCAUCCAGUUUCUCAUUGCGACGCUGCUUUACACUGGGAUCGUCAUCUAUGCACCCGCCUUGAUCCUCAACCAAGCCACUGGAUUCAAUAUGUGGGCAUCUCUCUUUUCGACUGGGAUCAUUUGCACCCUGUACACCACAAUGGGUGGGAUUAAAGCUGUGAUCUGGACUGACGUCUUCCAGAUCAUUGUCAUGUUGUCCGGCUUUGUGGCCAUUUUCAUCUACGGCACAGUUCUGGUUGGUGGGCCUGCAGUGGUGCUGGAGAUCGCCAGGAAUGGCUCACGCAUUAAUUUCAACAACUUUGAUGUGGACCCGCGGCAGCGCUAUUCCUUCUGGAGCCUCUCUGUUGGUGGUGCAAUGGUUUGGCUGUCCAUGUACGGAGUGAACCAAGCUCAAGUGCAGCGUUACAUCUCCUGCAGGACUGAGAGGGACGCCCAGUGGGCGCUGUUUGUGAACCAAGUGGGUCUGUUCCUCGUGGUGGGCAGUGCAGCGACCUGUGGCAUUGUCAUGUUUACAUAUUACGCCCACUGUGAUCCACUGACGUCCGGGAAAAUAUCUUCUCCUGAUCUGUACAUGCCGUACUUUGUAUUGGACAUAUUCAGAAAUUAUCCAGGCUUCCCGGGUCUCUUCCUUGCCAGUGCAUACAGCGGUACUCUGAGCACAGUUUCCACCAGUAUCAACGCCAUGGCAGCGGUGACGAUGGAGGAUCUGCUGCGACCUCAUCUUGUCAACAUCAGCCAGAAGAAACAGAUUCUGAUUUCCAAAGGACUGUCUUUCUUGUAUGGAGCUGGUUGCAUCACUGUGGCGGCUCUCUCCUCCCUACUGGACUGGGGAGUUCUGCAGGGAUCAUUUACCAUCAUGGGUGUGGUCAGCGGGCCCUUACUAGGUGUAUUCAUUUUGGGGAUGUUUGUUCCGGCAACCAACCGGCUGGGGGCAUUCGCAGGUAUGAUAUCGGGCUUCUGCGUGUCUCUGUGGCUGGCUGUUGGUUCAACUCUUUACCCCCCCAGUGAAGAGACGAUGGGUGUCUUGCCAAGCUUCACCGGCGAGUGCCCACCUGUCAACAUCACCCUGAACAGCACCGGAUGAUCAGGGGUCAGUGAGUUAUCCGGCAACGACUUUCACGCAACUGUCCUUUUUUUAUUAAAUACUUUUCACCCUGCCUUUUCCAAAACUAGGGGCCUGCUUAACUUCUACUCCAUGUCCUACCUCUACUUUGGUGCUAUGGCCACGAGUUCAGUCAUACUAGUCGGGCUGAUAGUGAGUUAUGCAACAGGAGCGACACAGAGGAGUGAUAUUCAAGAGGGUUUAUUGUGGUGGGACCUGAAUAAAAAGCAAGUGGAGCUUCACUCAGAGCAAAGGACUGGAACAAUGUCCAGAGUGUGUCCCUGUCUUCUGCAUGAUGCAUCUUCGGAUAUGCUGAUGAUGCCUGUGAGCCUGUACAGGGAUAACAGGGGCGACAAAGCAACUAAACCACAGCUGGUGCCUUCGAGGAAACUGCGCAAAGACGAUGCAAAUGAAAAAGAACUGACAGAUCAGGCGAAUAAUACUUCACCACUUAUAGCAUAAAAGUAUGAAGAUGAUUUAAUCUAAGUAGUGGUAUUUCCUCGCCAGAAGCAGUAAUCAUUUCUAGCAUUUGUCUAUUUUUCUGCUCUGAAUCUUUUUGAAGGUAUGACAUCUGCCCCGUGUUUGGAGCUAUUUAAUUAUUGGGCCGAGGAACAUAUCGACUGUAAUCAAAUAUCCUCAGGUGUUGUUUAAAUUCCUUUAAUGUUGAAAGUGUCUUUCAUCAGGACGUUCAUUCAGGAAUGCUCCAUAUCUUGCUUGGUUACUGGAUAUGUGACAGUCUGAGGUAAACAGGGUCUGGUUUGUGAACAGACCACAGACGGAAAAUAAAGAUGGACGAGGUGUCUCCACUUCCUCCCACUGUCCCGAUAUUAAGCCGAAAUAGCUUGUAUAUGAACGCCAUCAUUUUGUGCAUUAGGAGCCAGAGUUUGUGCUGUAGUGAUGGCGGGAUAUAGCAGCAGUAGCAAGGUCCUGCUGAUACCCACACUCAACCAUUUCAAAAUUAGUCUUAUCUGUCACUUAUUUAGCAAAUUCCUAAUUGACAAAUCCACACUUAGACUCAGAUCAGUGUGACAAGAACUAUCUGAAAUGACAGAAACUUCAAAAAAAUGUAUUUGACCUUUUGUUUGGUCUAUCUCCCACCCAUUAACAUGGAAUAGGCAGUUUAUUACCUAUACUGCAACAAACCACCAGGUGGCGAUUGAGAUGCUCUGGCUUCAUUUUUGGGCAGUUGACAUGUCGUCCAUCUUUAUAUAAAUAAUAGAUUCAGAGACAUUUAUUGUAAUUGAACUUAACAUUGUUAUUAAAACCCUCUUAUUAACUGUAUGUUCAGUACGCUUGUUGUUCAAUGUGACUCCUGCCUUGGCAGAUGUGACGGGCAUUUUGUCCUUUUCUUUCAUAAAGGAUGGUCCAAUGUUUCCUUAGCUAAAGGAGAUAAGAUAAAAAGCAAUGUGAGACCCCUGGUGGACGAUUAGUGGUAAAACCUAGAUCAUCACAAAUGUCAGCAGCAUGAGAACCAACUCAACAACU